AUGUUGGCGGAUAUUCGGGUGGGGGUGUGUGCGGGUGCUGGUGCCGCAGUUCGCGGGGUGAGCUCGGGGGUGUGUGAAGCGACGCUGCCGCCGACGCCGGCGUCUCUCACUGGUGGUGUGUCGUCGUCGAGCGUCGCGAUCGAUCCUGCUUUCGGCCGCUGGCGCUGCACCCGCCAACAACAACGCCGCUUGUCCAGCCAAGCCCGACACUCCUUCGAACGGGAUCGUACAUCCUGUCAUUACUUGAAUAAUACAGGCUCCCGCAUCUCGGACGUUUCGGUUUGUGCGAGUCGGCGGCGCGACGCACGAUCGCGGCAGCGGCUGCGACGACGCCGACGGCCAAUCUCAACAAACACAUCGCGAGCUAUGGAAGAAGUUUUACCAGAAGGCAAACACUUUCGAUUGGUAAACGAAUCAGAGCUUCCAGAAAUCAUUGAUUUUCUCGGUAACUAUUUACCGGAUUCCAUCAAGUUCCAUCAAACAUUGAAGACGUUUUUGAAAGACAGGGUGUGGGAAUUUUAUUUCUACGUCACUAAAACGUGGCCGGAGCAAGCUGUGAUACUACACUUCCCUGGAAUGACAAAAACGCCUAACAAUAAACUGUACGAGAGCUUCAGCGUGUUUUGCCCUUGCGAUCAGCUAGACAACAUGUACCUGUUGUUAGAGGAGGAGGUGCUAAUCGACUGGACGCAGCCAAUUUUCCUAAACUUCACGCAUUCGCAGAUUGUGGAAAAACUGGAGGAAAUGUAUAAUGAGAGAGGAGGGAUAAUGGAAAAGCUGUACGGCGAUAUUUAUGGCCUAAUGAAACCUGAACAAGGGUUAACCGCCGAGGAAGAUGUCGCUGCCGACACCAGGUAA